ACAGCAGCUAUGGCGAGCUUAUCGACGAUACCAGUCGACAUAUAUUUGCACAUCUUAAAGUUCCUCCGAACACCUGACCUCUAUUCUCUCAAUCUGGUCUGCAAGCCCCUCCGCGAUCUAACAGAGCCAGCGCUCUACCGCAAUAUCCAACUCUCCUGGCGCGAUCUGACUCAAACAGAGUCAAGAGACGCAAUAGCCGAUGAAGGCCUGGCUAGGCUAUUACAAAAGGAAACAUCGGGACCAUUCCGCUUGCUGAUGUCGAUUUUGGGUCGUGCUGAACUGGCUAGCCUGGUCCGGAGCAUUCAAUUCACCUUUGACGAGACAUUCAGUGACGUGGAACGAUACCAAAUGAACAACGGUGUCGCUGUUAAGAGUCUCCGGAGCUACUCGUAUGACGUGCCACCGUCUUGGGAGGACUUUAAACGCCUUAAUGAAGUCGUUCUCAAGGCGGAUCUACCACAGCCACUUCGAUGGAGGACUGAAUUAUCGAAAGGGGCCGUAGACGCAUAUGUUGCACUUUUGCUUCAUCAUCUUCACAAUCUGGAAUAUUUAAACCUCGGCACUGGCUUUUUGCGCUCUUCUCUCUUCGUAGAGAUUACGAUGAAUGACGAUAUAAUGUGGGAAACGUCGCCGUCCAGUUUCGUGGGACCUUUCGGAAACAUCAAACACAUUGUACACAAUGCAAACCAGUUGAGGAGCAAAUACAUGCCCACUAUGGACGAUUAUUACUCCAUAGUCCCCUUUUUCUACCUCCCAUGCGUCGAAACCUUGGAGAUUACAUUGCCGGAUUAUGAUGAUAUCCCAGGGGUAGCAACAAAGCCACCCGCGUCGAAACUGAGGUCGUUGAUUGUCCGUCAGGCCUUGGUGAGGCCAUUGACUCUGGAAAGAAUAUUACAUCUUGCACCGAAAUUAACCUCUCUCACCUGUGAGCUUUCCUACCUGGCAGAGGGUCCGCUCUCCCGCUAUAACGUACCUGUCAAUAUCAAGUGCUCCGAGGUCUGGAAAGUAUUAUUGCGUUUGGAGCCAUCGCUCGAGUGUUUGACUCUGUUUGUCACGCCUUAUAUGCCGGACGACGAAAUCCAGAUUCAGUGGCUGCCCCCCACCCAACGACAUCAAAAACUACACUGGGCAGCAUUUGAUGCACAUUUUGGCUCGCUGCGGGGAUUCACAAGGCUGAAGAAGCUUGAUGUUCCCCUGAUCAUGCUCCUAGGAAGCCAUGCGCUUCGCUAUCAAGAAACGACGAUACUCGCUGAGUGCCUGCCAACAAACCUGGAAGAUCUCUCUCUGAGCUACACGGAGGACAGAUUUACGAAAUUUGACAAUUACAUAGUGCAUAACUUCCAUAGGCAUCUCUCCGAAUACAUCAGGAAGUCUCGAGAUAUCAAUUCCUCGCUUCUAUCGAUCACGAUGAAGAUGGGAGAGUGGGGUUCUGCGCAGAGAAGUCUGGUGGGAAUACCAGCACUGGCGGACGAGUGCGAGUGGUUUGGGGUGGCUCUGCGAGUUGUUCAUACUGUGGCCAGUACGAGGUACUCGAAUGGCGAGGAUAUGGUGAGAGAGGAGACUCUGUUCGAUCCGCUGGAACCAGCACCCGGGCCUACGGUCUCGUACAAGCGGAGGAACUUCCUUGAACACGGCCCGUGACCAGCGCAAGCAAAUUUGUACGCUCAUUUAGCGCCGCGAGAGGAGCUUCAUAGCAUCUUCAACAUUCCGAACAAGGGAGAAGUGGCAACGACGAGGUAGUAUUCCGUCUCUGAGGGACCAUUCGAAGUAGCUAGUUGGUAGGGUAGUAAAUAGCAGGAUAUCAACCCGUAUGCAAUGCAGGAUGCAAUACCCAAAAGCGCAGCAUUUCCGUCCCGGUGCCGCCAUAGGCGAAGGAUGGCACGAUGGGUGA